AUGUGCGCGUAACCUACGCCCACGCGCAAGGACGUGUGCAUGCAACGUCAUUGAAGGGAAAGCGGAGCAGAAGAGCGAAACAUGGCGACAUCAAACAAUCCGCGGAAAUUUAGCGAGAAAAUCGCUUUACAUAAUCAGAAGCAGGCAGAGGAGACCGCAGCAUUCGAGGAAGUGAUGAAAGAUUUGAGUAUUACCCGAGCAGCGAGGUUACAGUUACAGAAGACCCAGUAUUUACAGCUGGGACAAAACCGUGGGCAGUACUAUGGCGGAUCAUUGCCAAAUGUCAAUCAGAUUGGAAAUGGCACCAUUGACGUGCCUUUUCAGACUCCCUUUCAAGGUUCAGGUGACACUAGCAGGACAACACGGCAUCAUGGAUUGGUUGACAGAGUUUACCGGGACAGAAACCGCAUCACGUCCCCACAUGGAAGGCCCCUCGACAAACAUGGACGCCAAAUUGAUAGCUGUCCAUAUGGUUCAGUGUAUCUGUCACCCCCACCUGACACCAGUUGGAGGAGGACUAACUCGGACUCUGCGUUGCAUCAGAGCACUUUGAACCCACAGGACAUUUUCGCGGGAGGCUCACAGGACAUGCAGCCGAAACGAGUGCUUAUGCUUCAUGUACCAAGGCCAGAAGACACAGAAUCAGAUAUGGACAAAGACGAACAGAAACAGAACUGGGAUGGUAAAAAGAAUGCUUCAUCAAGGUCCAAGGUCCCAGGAAUCAAUAUAUUCCCGUCUCCGGAUCAGGAUCUGACUGCGACACUGAUGCCAUCAGCCCACGACACGGGCGGUGGCUCCCUGCCUGAUCUGACCAACAUCCAGUUCCCCCCUCCGCUGCCCACCCCCCUGGACCCCGAAGACUCCACCCUCAGCGCCUCCAACAGCACGGGAAACCUGGCCCCCAGCCACUCACACAAUUUCAGUUCCACCAGCCAAGGACAGACCACCUCCCAGCAAGGCAGGCAGGACAACAUGGUCAACCAGGACUCCCACCAGCACCACUCCCUACAGCUCUCCCCCACCCUGUCGCCUCCGCUCACCCUCGCCCAGGUAGCGGAGACCAUAGAUGCCAUGACUCUGGAAGCGCAGUUGUCCCAGUAUGCGUUCUUCAGCCAGGCCUCCUCUCAGCAGCAGCAGACAACUCAAGGACUGACCAGGCUGGUUCAGCUCCCCUCCCCUCUGAACACCUCCUCCAUCCAGACACAGAACUCCAUGGAUAUGAACUCGGGUUCUUUCCCCCAACAGUACCGCAGUAGGGCUGGGUCUUCAGCCAAUCAGUCUCCAACCUCUCCAGUCUCCAAUCAAGGCUUCUCACCUGGAGGCUCGCCUCAACACAACUCCAUAUUGGGCAGUGUAUUUGCAGACUUCUAUGACCAGCAACUCGCAUCCAGACAGACCAGUGCUCUCUCCCAACAGCUGGAGCAGUUCAACAUGAUCGACAGCAAUAGUCUGUACGGCCAGGGCUCAACCCUCAGCUACUCCCAAGCAGCGAUGAUGGGUUUGACAGGAAGCCACGGCAACCUGCAAGACUCCCAGCAGCUGGGCUACAGUAGCCAUGGCAACAUCCCCAACAUCAUUCUCACAGCCACAGGAGAGUCUCCACCCAGAUUGUCCAAGGGGUUGUCUUCUAGCUCUCUGUCAGCUGACAUCAGCUUCGAUGCGGACUCUCAGUUUCCCCUAGACGAGCUGAAGAUCGACCCGCUGACCCUGGACGGGCUGCACAUGCUCAAUGACCCUGACAUGAUCCUCACUGACCCUGCCACUGAAGACGCCUUUCGGAUUGACCGGCUGUAGAGCUGCUGCCAAAGUCACCGACCAUGUCGGUGAAACCCGGCCUGAGGUGUUGAGGGCUUGUGUCUGAGGGGAGAGGGCUACUUUUGGGGUGUGGGAGCCCAAGGCGAGGCCCCAGCUGUGAAGUGUGUUCAUCCCACCUCACUUCACCAGCAGCCCCUUUCUAAGAGCUAUGGGAUAGUGUGGUAGUAGGGAAAUUAGUUUGUCAAGAAAUGGUCGACACAGUUUGCUUUCUCUCUUCAGAAUGGGAAAGAUUGAUGGCAACAUUGUCAUGUCUGGUGGAUAUUGAGCUUAUGGUCCUGCUGUGACUAGUUUGUACUUACCAUUCUUCAUCCCUUAACUUUUUCAUUUUUUUACACAUGCAUCCUGCUGGCCUUUCUGUUGGAUGCUUUGGUUUUUGUAAAGAAGGAAAACAGUAGGGGCUACAACACUACAUUGGUCUUGCCUCCCAUUUGAAGACAUUAACUGAUUCAAAUCAUGUCUGCAGGGGAAACUGUUUAUCUUUCUCUCACCUGCCAUUAGCAUGUCUUAGCUCAUAUAAUCACUCAUCUGCUUUUCAGAACCGCCCUCUCAUGGUAAAUCUUGCCAGUCACAUUUCCGUCAAUGCCCUUAACCUCGCUGUCUAACUCACACUAGUUGUAUUUAUUGGUGCUCUGAUUUUUGCCCCGAAGUUGACCAGUAUUUUACUUUAGGUUCCCUUCCGAACUUGUCAUUUUAAUUUCAAUCCAUCAAUUUUGUACAUGUUUUAGUGCUGGUCAUCAUCUAAGCGGUUUACUUAGUUGAACAACUAGGAGUUAUAACCCUCCCCUUUAGCGUAUGAUUUUCCAGGGCAGCUGAAGUAAAACCUAAAUUCCAGUUUAACAAACCUUGAAAAAUCGCUCAGAAUCCUGUUUGUAGAUAUAAAAAAAAAAAGGAUGUCAGCCUAGCGUCACUUUGGCAAUUUAUCCAUGAAAUGACAUUUCAGCUGUAAUAUGCCACCAAUGGUAGCUGGUUUUCAGUGAACGAAUCACUGUGAGUGAUAAGAUUCUGCCUUAUAAGAGUACAUGAUAUAAGAGUACAUGAUAUGGAAGACUAUCAUCUCAACUCUCCUUUUAAAAAAUGCAGGUUGUUGUGCAACUUGUUUAGACUCUUAAGUAGUGAAGUGUAAACUUUUAUCAAGCAUCACCGUUUCUUUUCUGAUGGCCUGAAUCAAAUUGGCACUAGUGUGAGAAGAGGACCAAGUUGAGCACAAUUAGGGGAGGUUUAUCACAACUUACGUUGUUAUCCACUGCUUUUCACUUGUUACCAUUUUGCUUUUCAUAUUUGAGGUGGUACUGUAUUUCACUUGUCAGCCAAAUAGAAAUGGACAGAAAGAGCCGAGGUAUCACAUUUCUGAUGCAGUUGCUACUUGUGCAUUAGAUGUUUUAUUUCAAAUAAUUGCUUGAUCACUCAGUAUGGGUACAUCUCCGUUGGGUGUAGUCAACAAGGAACUCCUAUCACACAACGUCUGUCAUAGACUGCAGCGACCGCCAAUACGGGGGAACCCCUCUCCUUUAUAAGGCGCUGUCACUCCCUCCUGCCUCACUUUUCAUUCUUCCUUACGAUGUCGUAAUACUGCUAAUAUACUCUCCUCAGCAUUGA